AUGAAUCUGGCAGAUAUCUCCUACUUCUCUGGUCUGUACACCAUGACGGCAGAGUCCCAGCAGUCUCCCACCGAGGCUUCGGGAGCCUCCAGCCCCACGGGGAGCUCGGCGGACGUGUGUAUGGAGUCCCCCGGGAAGGAAGGGGUCAUGAUCAAAUCCGAGCCCGGGGGCGACACCCCGACGGCGGACAGGGAUGGCGAGGGAGCGGCCCACCCGGAGGAGCACACCCCGGCCGCGGGGGGCAGGAGGAGGAAGCGCCCCAUACAGCGCGGUAAGCCCCCGUACAGCUACAUCGCUCUGAUCGCCAUGGCCAUAGCCAACUCCCCCGAGAGGAAGCUGACGCUGGGGGGGAUCUACAAGUUCAUCAUGGACAGGUUUCCCUUCUACCGGGAGAACUCCAAAAAGUGGCAGAACUCCAUCCGCCACAACCUGACCCUGAACGAUUGCUUUGUGAAGAUCCCCCGGGAGCCGGGCCGCCCCGGGAAGGGCAACUACUGGACCCUGGACCCGGCGGCGGAAGACAUGUUCGAUAACGGGAGCUUCCUACGGCGGAGGAAGCGCUUCAAGCGCUCGGACAUCACCACCUACCCCGGAUACAUGCAGAACUCCAGCGCCUUCACCCCCACCCCGAUGGGGAGACCCUCCUACCCCAACACUCUGUACCCGGGCAUGAGCUCGGGGUACGGCUCCCAGCUCCACCCCACCCCUCACCACCCGGCCGUGCUCCACCACUACCAGCCCCCGGGGACCCCCGGCCACAGCCACAGCCACAGCCAGAGCCACAGUCAGCACAGGAUGUUCAGCAUCGACACGCUGAUCAGUCAGCAGUCCCUCGCCAUUCAGGCCUCGGCGGCCAAUGACCUGACCGCUCACUCUCUGGCCUUGACUGGCGACCUCGGGGCCAUGAACGUCGGUGGGACAGACGCCUCCAGUUUCCAAUCGCAGUCCGUGAGCCCCAACGGGGUGGGGGGGCUCCUGAACAGCAGACCACCCAACAGCCUGACUGCCAAUCUGACCUAUUCCUACUCCACGUCCCCCCCCCAUGUGCCCAUGGCUCAGACCAGCUACUCCCCCCCCACCCCCCAGAUGUACUGUCCUUCCAAUAGACUCUCUCUCCCGUCCAUGAGAAGCAGUGUUUGCUCUGACCACACCGAUCAGCUGUUGGGGUUACCGAGCGCACCUGUGACUGGCCUCGGGCAGUUCAACGCCAACAGCUCCUACAUGAGACAGACAAAUUUUCCGUCUGGACUUGAACGAUUUAUGUAA